AUGCCCUUCAAACCUGGGGAUGAUUGGAGUAUUCGGAGAUUAAUUUCAAUGUAUAUCUUCCUCCCAGAUGAGAAAGAUGGACUGCUGAAUCUAAUGAAGAAUGUUAAAAUGGAACAGAGCUUGUUCAAAGAGCAAAUCAAGCUCAAUUAUGAGAAAAUUCGACUACUUUCAAUCCCGAAAUUCAAGUUUGAAUGUGAUGAAAUGAAGCUUAAACAACAUAUGGAAAAGUUGGGAUUAACAAUUCCAUUUGACAGCAGAUUUUGUAAGGAUUUUACAGGAAUUAUUCAACCUGAUGAUGAGGUGGUCUAUGUUAGUGAUAUUUUACAGAAGAGUUUUGUGGAAAUUGAUGAAGACGGGACCAAAGCCGCGGCUGUUACUUGGGAUGAAGUGGACAGUGGCUACGGUGGAAGCAAGAGACGUAAAAGAGGUCAUGAUUUUGUGGCUGAUCAUCCUUUUAUGUUCAUGAUUCAUGAAGAGUUUACUGAUUCUAUUCUUUUUGUUGGUACAGUGAUUAAUCCUCUUUAG